AAGGAAAGUACUUAGCUUACCUAGGGACAGUUAAACUACGUACGCCAAUACACGACGUCUGUGCAAGUUUUUAGCUGGAUUCACCGAUUUGAAAGUUGAAAAGGAAUACGAAAGCAAAGCAUCAAGAGGGGGAUUCAGGAAGACACGACAUCGCUUUUUGGACAUGUAUUCUAGUCAUCGGGUGCCAGCACUGCUUCUCAUGUGGUAUUGCCUCUGUAUCACAAUAAAUGCUCGUUCAAGAGGCUACGAAACCAUCCUGGGACAGCACGCGGUGAAUCGAUAUUGUGGAAUGGAAGACGACGUUUGUUUAAACGAUUUUGGAUGCUGCCCAGAAUAUCAAUGCAACGGACGCAAGAUGUGCCAGUUGAGAGGUGAAUUGCGCUUCAGAACGACACAUAUGGGCAAGAGUUGCACAACGGAUUAUGACUGCAAACCUGGUUUAUGCUGUCUUGGUUCCUUGUACAACGGCCAUUGCACUGAAAACUGUGAGCGAAUAGACAACAUUCAGCCAGUCCCCCCGGUUGGAUAUUACGGACAGCGGUUUUGGAAUAUGUGGGCGAGAAAUCAUCGCGCAGAAUAACGAAAUAUGGGCGGGUUGAGGAUGCCCCAAAUUUAAAAUAAGGGGACUCUCUUUGGUUGUGACUUUCAUAACGUUCAUUGCAAUUCUU